UGACUGAUCGUUGUAAUGAUAAUAAAACCAUCUCAGCUGCAGUUCGUUGCUGUUAUUCUCUGUGAUCUCUUUCGUAGGUCGGCCUCACAUGCAGUUCAACCAAAUUCUGAGGGUUUCAUCAUGUCGGCGAUGUAUAGGUUUCAGUGUAAUGCAUCACUACAGAAGAUACCGAUGAGACUGGUUGCUCUGAACGUGCUUUUUAUAUCCGCUGGGGCUUAUGCUGACUCGUGUCUUAGAAGUGAAGAACAUUACUGCUGUAGCGAUGGUCAUGGCCUCAACUACACUCUACCCAUGUUCAUCCCAUGCCAGACGAUAAUAGAUGGUGGGUUUGAGGUUCAAACCAUCCCAAAGCUCAUGCAAGUUCCUCACGUGACCCAAUGUAGGAGGAAGAAGGAACUUGGAAUCCCCUUCGGAAACAGAAUCUGUCGCCUGCCCGACUGUAAGAACGACCCAUGUACACAAGGUUGGUGCGAAGAAACGAUGACGGGAUAUCGGUGCCACUCAAUCGCUGACAACGAAGACAUCAACACCACCACUCUUACCAGCUCCAUCACUACUAUAGCCAGCACCGCUGCUCCUACAACCAACAAUACCGCCACCACCCCCACAAGCACCAGCACUACCACGGAUGAAACUACUACCGUGCCUUUGCCAACAACUACCCGGACAUCGGCCACAACGUCACCAUCGUCAACCCAACCCACGACAACGCCUUCUCAACAGACCAGCACCGCUGCUCCUACAACCAACAAUACCGCCACCACCCCCACAAGCACCAGCACUACCACGGAUGAAACUACUACCGUGCCUUUGCCAACAACUACCCGGACAUCGGCCACAACGUCACCAUCGUCAACCCAACCCACGACAACGCCUUCUCAACAGACCAGCACCGCUGCUCCUACAACCAACAAUACCGCCACCACCCCCACAAGCACCAGCACUACCACUGAUGAAACUACUACCGUGCCUUUGCCAACAACUACCCGGACAUCGGCCACAACGUCACCAUCGUCAACCCAACCCACGACAACGCCUUCUCAACAGACCAGCACCGCUGCUCCUACAACCAACAAUACCGCCACCACCCCCACAAGCACCAGCACUACCACGGAUGAAACUACUACCGUGCCUUUGCCAACAACUACCCGGACAUCGGCCACAACGUCACCAUCGUCAACCCAACCCACGACAACGCCUUCUCAACAGACCAGCACCGCUGCUCCUACAACCAACAAUACCGCCACCACCCCCACAAGCACCAGCACUACCACUGACGAAACUACUACCAUGCCUUUGCCAACAACUACCCGGACAUCGGCCACAAUGUCACCAUCGUCAACCCAACCCACGACAACGCCUUCUCAACAGAUUUGCCAAUCGAAUCCUUGUCUAAACGGAGGGACUUGCAUACCAAUUCUCGACACAAACUCGCAGCAAGCUUUUGAAUGCGAAUGCUCGCUGGAGUUCUACGGAACAUUAUGCGAAUGUUCUACAAUCCACACACCCGACGUGGCCGGAAACAGAACGUAUACUUUUCCAAACUUCUGGAUCCCUGGCAAUGCGACAUCGUUUGACUUUAUGGUUAGCGCGGACAAUGAUGCACACAUUGGCCUUUUCCCGAGUAACACCACAGAUGAGAAAUACGAAUUGGCUAUCGGUGGAUGGGCGAAUACCGGUGGACAAAUUUUACGAGUUACUACUACUCCCGGUGGCCCGGACAUAUUAUAUCCUCAAAACUCUAAUGUUCAUGAUGUUAGUCUCUCCCAAAUACCAGACUUCGAUCAUUACCAGCUAUCGUUCGCCAAUGGACACAUUCAGCUGAGCCAUUAUGAUAACGGUACGGUAGUAAUGGAGGCCCGGGAUCACCAACAACCGCUUCAAGUCUCCUAUAUAGGAAUUUGGACUGGUUUCGGAUCAGUUGGUUAUUGGAGAUUCCCGACGUUCUGCCCAGGCAUACCAGCCGUGACCCGGUCCCGACAAAUUAUCCAACCAUACAUUCAGACACACGAUUCUCUCAUACAAUGGAAUUAGAAUAUUAAAAACUAAAGUUUAGUACAUAAUUUAUCUUGUUAUUUUUUUAAUAUGUAAUCAGUAACGGAGUACAGGUAAUUAACAACAAACUUCUUAUUCAUUAAUUUCUCUUACACGCUUUGAAAAGGGUUAAAUUUUAAAAGUCGUUGAAGCACUUUAAUUUAACAAAUAAGGUCAUUUUCGGCAAUUUUUUUUCAAAAAAGCAGUACCUGUUAUUUCAACAAAAUGAAAUAGUUUACUGUUUAUGUAGUGUUUUUUUUUAUUUUGCGAAAACCCCUUAUUAUGUUUUUUCAUGAUUAUUUCAUUUGCAAUAACAAUCAUUUAAUAUAGCUUGAAAGGAAUCGUCUACUGUCUAUAACAAAUUAAACCUUUCAAUUGCAUGCAGGUUAAAAUAGUUUCGCAUUGAAUUGUUUGUGCACGAUUUCCCCCUCUGUUCUACUCUAAUCUCUUUAUACUAAAUUCAUUUUUUUUUCUUAUUUUGUCAGAAAGAAUUCAAUCCCAUUUCCAUCCAUCCAUUGUUUUCUCAAAAAUAUUUAACUCAAAAGGCAAAAUAUGUCCAUCAUUGAAACUAAAACGAUGCAGGAAUCUACCAUGUGCACACACAUUAUGCUGUUAUUUGUAUUUGGAACCAUAGAACAUUGUUUAUUAAACUGAGAAAAGGAGUUUUGUAUGAAAUCAAUGGGAAUGCUUUCUAUUUAGACUAACAGACUGUGAAAAUACAUGAUAAUUAUGCUGUAACAAUUUUGCUCAUGACUGUAUUCACUGAAACUGUCGUGCCUCUGAAUGACAAGAUUAUGAUAGCCACUUUUUCUCUUUUGUAAAAAAACAUGUUGCAAGCAAUAAUAUAUAGACACAUAAUAGAAGCCUAAAUAAUAAUGAUUAUCUCAGUAUAUGCUUACAAUAGGAAUGCAUUAUGCUCAUUACUGUUCUUGAUCAGUUGUUAAUGCUGUAUACACUUUAUUUGGAGGGGGUACUAUACUCUGUCGGUAAACGUAUAAAAACUGUACAAAUCACCAUCUUAUAGUGAUCUUCCGAUUUGCAGGGUCACCGGCCCUAACUUCAAUAUUGUUCCGAUACCUAUAUAGGAGCAAACGCUUAAAAGGAAACCAAAAUCCAAGAAAAGAACCAAUCUUAUUGAAAAGAGUGAAAUGAGAGGAACAAUUUAAAACAAGUUUGAUCAAAAUCGGUUAUGAAAUGAGCAAGUUAUGGACGUUUAAAAAGUCUUGUUGUUCCUUCUUGGCAAACGUGCUUCAAAAUGGCUGAUUUUGUGGACAUAUCUCCGAUUUUGUUGUACACAAAUUUUCAGAUUUUCCCCUUUAUUUUACAUAUUUCACAUUAUCUCCUCCUGACCUUGACAUAUGUGGUGUGAAUUAUAUUUUCCUAUAUGACAAAUGGAGAGUUGUCCUCAAAAUCAGCCAUUUGGAAGCACGUUUGCCAAUUUGAGGAUCGACAUAGAAAGUACAACAGGAGUUUUCAAACUCCAUAACUCGCUUAUUCUAUAACCGAUUUUGAUAAAACAAGUGUUAGAUUGCUCCUCUCAUCUAAUUCUUUCUGAUAAGAUAGAGUUUCUCCUUGUCUUUUUGGUUUCCUUUAAUGUGUGCCCCUUCAAGCAUGUCCGGCACUGCUGAAUAAUUAUGGCGGCAUAUCCUUGAACUAGUAUCUCCAACUUUUGGACGCCCGUCGAUUUUCUGGUCAUGUUAUUGCGAGCGUAAGACUGAGUUUUUAAUUGUUUUUCACCUCAUUUUCUUUUUUUUUUAACUCCCCCCUCUAAUUAACCCUCAUACUAUUCAAGUGGUUCUAUGACAUUUGCUCCGCCGAAAUUUUAUUACUCCGCUGUUAAUUCCAGACACUGAAGGAAUUACCCAUUUUAACCAUGGGUUUAACAUUAUCAUGAUUAUGCUUCAUCCUAAACCUAACCUUAUAUUAACAUAGAACCCCACUGCUACCCAAACCCCAUCUUAGAGGAAGCCCCGAGUAACUAUCGACGGAUCAAAAGCCUUGUCACCAUUUAGGUUGGGGAGUGGGAUGAAAUAAUAGGUCACCCCGCCCCCAAAUAGGUUCACCGCUUGGGUUUACACCAGCUCUAUUUAACCCCUUGAAAUAUACUAUCAGACUAUAUAGGACAUGUAGACAGAGUUGUGAAUUUGCAUCCAUGGAACAUGUAUAUAUCAGACUAAGAGUCUAGCUGAUAUUUAUCAAUAUUUCAGUUAUAGUAGCAGACAGAAAUUUGUCGUUUUCGCUAAUUAUACAGAGCUGCAUGAUAAAAGUUGAAUACGUUGUAAUUUGUAUGUUGUUGUAAAUAGCAGUAAUCCAAAAAUUAAUCAUCUUCGUAUCUUAUAUUCGUUUUACCUUAUUGUGAUCAAGGUUUAUGUUCAACAAUGCAUAAAUGCAGUGGUGAUGAGAACAAUACUUUAAAACUCAUUUGCUAAUGAUGAGGUAUUUUGACCAGCGCUUUGAUUGUCAUCACUGUAACCGCUCUUUUUAUAACUUGCCUAUAAUGAGCUCUGUCUUCAAUUAUUGAUCAAUCAUUCACAAUAUAUUUCGAUCUACUUCCAAGGUUGAUGUUACUAUUAUGAAUAAAGAUACAAAUGAUGGAACUAUUGUAUCCAUUUUCUGUUUUACAUCAUUCAUCAUUAAUGCACGUACAGUGUAUACUUGAAAUUUGUAAUUUGUUAUUUUCAAUUCCUCAUAGUUUUACCUUUUCUUUAUUCUGUACCCUCAUAACUCCCUUCCCUCCCCUCCCCCUCCCCCUCUCUCUCUUCCUCUAUUAGUCUCUCUUCCCUCUCAUCUUAGAAUUACCCCUCCAUCAUGUUGCUCUCGAUGGGCCAUUCAGUUCUAAUACCUAACCCAACUUCAAAUGUAUUUUGUGCUCUACUGUCUUGUAUGGUGUGCAAUGUCUCUCUCCCUCCCUUUCUCUCCCUCCUUUCCACUGUCUCGUUCUCACUGUCGUGCGUAUGGCAAGCCGUUUUAACAUUUAAUCAUAUUUCUUGAUAUCAAGAAAUCGAAUUCUUGAUAUCAAGAAAUGGUUUUGUGUAGUUAGGCAAUGGUUAUUCUUGAUAUCAAGAAAUUGAAUUCUUGAUCAUUAUCAAGACGUAUGAUUAAAUGCUAAAAUGGCUUGCCAUACGUGCGAUCCUUUUCGAACGCCACGACUGGCUUUUCGUAACCGAUCGCGAAAAUGUUUAAACCAUUCAAAAUACAUGUAUUAAACAAUGUAUUAUGUAUCAAACAUGUAAUAAACAAUGUUUUAUAAUUAGUCUUAUGUUAUUACGUAAUUUUCAGUAAGUGUGAUCAACUGUUAAUUUUUAGCAAUAUUCAUUUCGUUUUGUAAUGUUUUGUGAUACAUGUAUGAUUUGUUUGAUUAUGAAUAUAUUAAAAUAAAAAAAUUGUUUAAAAAAAUAUGAAGCUAUCUACGAUCAAGACGAUCGCUACAACUGAUCUGAUACGAUCUGAUAAGAUCACUACGAUUACUCAACGAUUAAGACAACCGUUACAAUCAUGGCACUAUUCGUGAGAGUGGGCAGCAAUCAGUGUUCCAUUAUUGUUAUCUUGUUUACUCUUCAGUUUCAAAUAAUUUUAAGCUGGCAGAACAUUCGUAACUAGUGUAUAAUAUGAUAUCACAAGAAUUUGUCUUACUUUAUUUAUUUCGAUUUAUAUUUUAACUUAAAUGUGAAUAAAGAAACAACAAUCAAA